AUGAUCACCGACGAGACGUACGGACGAUGGAAAUCGUUGGUGCCGUUCGUCUACGACUGGUUCGCGCACACGCGCACGUCCUGGCCGUCGCUGAGCGCGCGAUGGGGGGAGGUGGUGGACGCGAACGCGUACAGGUCGCGCCAACGCGUGUACGUCACCGAGCAAACCGAGGGCGAGGACGGGCGGACGGGGAAACCGAUGCCGAACACGAUAUUGGUGUGUCAGGCGGAGGUGCUGCGACCGCGCGUGGCGGCGGCGGAACACAUGAUCUUCGACGAACACAGCAAGUCGCCGGCGCUGCGAAAGGAAAAGGCGCUGUGGCACCCGGGUGAGGUGAACCGGAUGCGGUGCGUGCCGGGACGGGAGAACGUGCUCAUGACGCACACGGAUGCGCCGGAGGUGUUCGUGUUCGAUGCGAGUGGGCCGGGGGGGAAGCAGAACUCGUUGAAGCGGGCGGACGGGACGCAGUACACGCCGCCCGCGAUGUGUCUGCGCGGACAUAAAGAGAACGCGGAAUACGCGCUGGCGAUCUCGCAGAAGGGCGAGGUGGUGGCGAGCGGUGGGAAGGAUGGAAUGGUGAUGAUUUGGGAGCUCGCAGACGCGAACAAAGGGGGUGGGAAGAAGGAGGAUGGAGGGGUCGGCGCGCCCGUCGUGGGCGGCGGCUUGAGCUCGACGGAGCUCGCCAGGCACACGUGCGUGUGGGCCCGUUGCGAGCUCGCCGGUCACACGGACACGAUCGAGGACGUGUGCUUUAACCCGCAGAAUGAGAAGGAGCUCUGCUCGGUCGGGGACGAUCGAGCGAUGUUUUUUUGGGACACGAGAACGAAGAAGGCGACGGGGUUCGCAAAUGGCGCGCACAGCGACGACGUGCACUGCGUCGGAUGGAGCGCGCACGACGAGCACGUCGUCGUCACCGGUGGUAAGGACACGGUGGUUAAGGUUUGGGAUCGACGUAUGCUCACGAAUGGGUCGAACGAGGCGAUGCACACGUUCGACACGCAUACCGAUAGCGUCCUUUGCGUGGAUAUGCACCCACACGCCAAGGGGGUCUUCAUGACCGCGGACGAGGUCGGGCGCGUGAACGUGUUCGAUUACACGAAAGUGGGCGCGGAACAAACCCCUGAGCUUGCCAAGGCGGGCGCACCUUACCUCGUUCUUCAGCACAGUGGACAUCGCGGAACUGUUUGGGACAUUCAGUGGAACCCCUACGAUCCGUGGACGGUGUGCUCGACCUCGGUGGGAGAUUUUCAAAACACCUUGCAGCUCUGGCGCGUGAAUGAUAUGAUCUAUCGCGACACCGAAGAGUGCAUCAGGGAGCUCGAACAACAUCGGGACAUCAUUUGUGGACGUCAGGCGCCACUGAAGUCGAAGGACGCCGCGCAGGAGAACAAGGAGGAUAGCGAAGGCGCGGCAGAGAAAGACGACGCAAGCGGCGCAGACGCAGACGACGCGAUGGAGGAAUGA